CCUGAAAGAAUUCUUGCCGCAGUCCUACCUGAAAGUAAAGGGUAUCGAGAAGAAAAUAUUCGCAGAUCACAAAAAACACAUCGGUCUGUCCGAACUGGAUGCGAAAGUCUUGUACACGAAAACGGCCAGAUCUUUAAGCACUUACGGCGUCACAUUCUUUCUGGUAAAGGAGAAAAUGAAGGGUAAAAACAAAUUGGUGCCGCGUUUGUUAGGCGUUACUAAGGAUUCAGUUUUAAGAUUGGACGAAAAGACAAAAGAAAUAUUGAAAACGUGGCCAUUGACUACAGUUCGUCGUUGGGGCGCUUCUCCUAACACGUUUACUCUCGAUUUUGGUGAUUAUUCGGAUCAGUAUUACUGUGUACAGACCACAGAAGCUGAACAGAUACUUCAAUUAAUCGCUGGUUAUAUUGAUAUUAUUCUGAAGAAACAAAAAGCUAAGGAUCAUUUUGGGAUCGAGGGAGACGAGGGGUCUACAAUGGUCGAAGAUAGCGUUUCGCCGUUAAAAGCAACGAUAAUGCAGCACGAGACCAGCAACAUUGGCAAAGGAAACGUAGAAGCUGUUUCUGUUGCCAUACCUGCUGUUAUAAGAGCCGGUGGAGAUG